AUGACGAGCAUCUGCAGCAGCAACAACUAUCAGCACUUUCAACUGAGCAAUGGCAACAUUAUGCUGCAGCAACAGCAGCAACAAUUUGCAUUGCUGCAACAGCAGCAGCAGCAGCAGCAACAGCAACAUCAAUUGCUGGCACCCAAGCCACUGCCACUGGGCAAUAGUCAGCUGCAGAACAUGCAACACGUUGCCGGUCAGCUGAAGAAGUACUACAACAACAACUUGCCACACUUUGGCGGCAGCAACGACAGCAGUGAUCCACAAGUGACACCAUCCGUGCAACGUCGCAAUGCACGCGAGCGCAAUCGCGUCAAGCAGGUGAACAACGGAUUUGUCAACUUGCGUCAGCACUUGCCACAAACAGUGAUCAACACAUUGUCGCAUGGUGGACGCGGCGCCAGCAAGAAACUCUCCAAGGUCGACACACUGCGCAUUGCCGUUGAAUAUAUCCGUGGACUGCAGGACAUGCUGGAAGGACAAGAGUCGACGCGUCGUCUCUUCACCACCAGCGGCGGCGGCGGCGGCAACAGCAGCAGCGAUGAGAGCAGCAGCAACAGCAGCUACCAAGAUCAGGACCAGGACUACACUCACUACCAGGCGCCACAUUCCUAUCACUCUGCCUCACCCACGCCCAGCUACAGCGACUCCGAUCUUAGUGGCAGCUAUGUCAAGCAGGAGCAAGAAGAAGAGCAACAGCAAUUGCCACUGCAACAACAAUUCAAAUUCGAAUCCUUUGACAGCUUCAGCGACGAGCAGCCCGACGAUGAGGAGCUGCUCGACUACAUCAGCUCCUGGCAGGAACAGUGA